AUUGCCAUCGCGUGGAUCGGGCGCGGUUUCCCAAAUAAAGCGUUGCGAGGGGGGAAGGGCGCAGAGAGAGACCCGCGUUGCAGCGCUAGCCUGCGUGUGGACACAAAAACACACGGUAGGGAGGUCCCACCGAAUUCAACGUGGCUUUCAGGCUCGCACGAUCCUGUCUUCCUUCCUGGAAGCGAGCCCCGUUGAAUCCAGCGGGGUCUUCCUUCCUGGAAACGCUGCCUUAAAAAAAAGAAAGUCUCGUUGCGCCUCUCCGACUUCAGGCUGCUGUCUGGCAGCAAGUGCCAUCGAAUUCCUCGGGGCUUGCUGAGUGAACAGCGGCAUCCUAAACACCCUCGAGGGGGCUUCCUCCCGAGGAAGCGUGUUUAGGACUGCACGGUACGGCUGCAGCCCCGUGGAGCAGAACAAGGGCGCACAACAGCGUUCAGCUUUAGCGGAUUUAUUGGGGCAGUGGCAAGAUACCUUCAUCCGAUGGAAGGUACCCAGUUCGAUGAGAGCGAGGGACUCUCAAUCGACGAUGCAGCAAACUCUGACACAGAAUUUGGAAUCUCUCACAAAUAUUUCCUUAGUGUGUAUCCCGGGCCUUCACCUGCUGGAUCGAUGCUUCACAAACCAGGAGUGUGACCGAGCUCUGGAGCCUGAAAUACUAUUGCUAUUAUCAUUACUUAUUAAAAGCAUAUCACCACCCACCAGUCGAUAUUCUCUGGGAGGUUUGCAAACCAGGCAGUAUUAAAGCUAUGACAAAUACCACUUAAAAAUUGACAACAAGGAAUGCAAGACAGCAGCCAAAAUGGAAAUCCUGCCCUUCCUGACAAUGAAGAUUUCAUAAACGGAUCCCAGCUCAGGUGACAAGCCAGGAUAAGUCACAACAGCCUAACUGAUAAACUGUGGAUUGAAUAAAAAACCCGACACCCCCCCCCCCAUGAACAAUGGUUUUUCCUUAACUAUAUAACCUGGGGGAUAACAAGGAGCACCACCUUUUACAACCAGAAGAAGCAUUUCACUCCACCUUGCCUUCUGAAACUUUGUACUGCUCAUCCUUGCACAAUGGAUUGGUGCCCCAACUUCACCUGCUUCUCAGUCACUACUUCAGCAGAAUCCAACCGGACGGGCUCCAGCUCCCUCCUGGACCACCCUGGCGCCCGUGGACCCUUGUCUAUCUUUAGCGUCCUCGUCUUGACUCUGUUAGCCAUGUUGGUGAUUGCCACUUUCCUCUGGAACGUGCUGGUCCUUGCGACCAUACUGCGUGUCCGCACUUUCCACAGGGUUCCUCACAACCUGGUGGCCUCCAUGGCCAUCUCGGAUGUGAUGGUGGCCGCCUUGGUGAUGCCUCUCAGCCUGGUCCACGAACUGUCCGGGCGGCGCUGGAGGCUGGGGCGGAUCCUGUGCCAGGUGUGGAUCUCCUGCGAUGUGCUGUGCUGCACGGCCAGCAUCUGGAACGUCACGGCCAUCGCUCUGGACCGCUACUGGUCCAUCACUCGCCACCUAGAGUACACCCUGAGGACCCGCCGGCGCAUCUCCAACAUUAUGAUUGCUCUGACGUGGGUCCUCUCGGCCAUCAUCUCCCUGGCUCCGGUGAUCUUUGGCUGGGGGGAGACUUAUUCGGAGGGCAACGAGGAAUGCCAAGUCAGCCAGGAGCCUUCUUACACCAUCUUCUCUACCUUUGGGGCUUUUUACCUGCCCCUCUGUGUGGUGCUCUUUGUCUACUGGAAAAUCUACAAGGCAGCCAAGUUUCGCAUUGGAUCCCGGAAGAGCAACUCCAUCACUCCUAUCACACCUGAAACCCUGGAGGUGAAGGAAGCCUCCCAGCAGCCGCAGAUGGUGUUCACCGCCCAGCACGCCACAGUCACCUUCCAGACGGACGGAGACACGUGGAGGGAGCAGAAAGAGAAGAGAGCUGCCCUUAUGGUGGGUAUCCUCAUCGGGGUGUUUGUGCUGUGCUGGAUCCCCUUUUUCAUCACAGAACUCAUCAACCCCCUCUGUUCCUGUGACAUACCCCCGCUCUGGAAAAGCAUUUUCCUUUGGCUCGGCUAUUCCAAUUCUUUCUUCAACCCUCUGAUCUAUACGGCCUUCAACAAGAACUACAACAACGCUUUCCGGAACCUCUUCUCCAGGCAGCAGUAAGCGAGGAGGGCAAAGGAGGAAGGAAGGCCUUUCUAAAAACUUUCCCCUUCCCUAAAUUACUUAAAGAGACAUGGCGGGGGGGGGCGCUCCUUAAAGGCACGUGAGGCCUUUCCAGAUUAUCAGUUUAUAUCACAAUAAAUGCUCAAUUGUCA